ACAGUGACAGUUGACACUUAAGGUUGACGUCCGACGAUAAACUUUAGCAGCUUUAAUCAAAACAGAGAAACAUUUGAUUAUUCGCAGUUCGUUUAAACGGAAGAAUCUGAUACAUAAUCAUAGUAAUAAUGAUUUAAAAAGUAGCUGAACGACGUACUUCUGUUACUUUUUAUUUUUCCUGUGGACUUUCAGGCAUGGAUGCUGAGGGCCCCUCGACGCUUUGUGACCUCUGCUUGGCUCAGGUGUGUCGGAGCUUGAACUCUCUGUGCAGCAUGCGAGCAGACGGCUCCAUGAGCCUCAUCUGGGCCCCGCUCUUCCCGCAGGAGAUGGCUGACCAGCUACUGAAUCACAUGGCAGCUAAAGAGAUACUGAAUGACACAAGUGUUGGGAUUUUCCGAAACUGCAAAGAACUUCGCCUGCGCCGAGCCUCUAUCCAGAGCUGUCGGGUGUCUGCAGAAGCUUUCCGCUUGGCCCUCUGCCCUCACCGGCUCCUGGAGCUAGAUGCCUCCUGGGUCGUUGGGGGUCUAACUGGGGCUGACGUUGUCUCAGGUUUGGCCUCCAACGCAGAGUGCAGAUCCAGCCUGCAGAGGUUGUCCCUCAGUGGUUUACGUCUGGACUGGGAGUCUCUGGAGGCAAAUGGUGGGGUCCGUGUUGGCUUCAGCUCCUUGCGGGGCCUUAGAACACUAAACCUUGCCAACACAGACCUAAAUGAUGCUAUCCUUGAGGAUAUCUGCACUCUACCUCACCUGGAGUCUCUGGAUAUUUCUUGCAGUGCUAUUUCAAACUUUACUGCCCUUCUCACGUGCAAAAACACUCUGAGAUCUUUAAUUGCCCACAGACUGCGGCAGCUGGAUAUGUCCCCUGCUCAGUUGCUCUCUGUCUUUAGCCAUCUUCAUGCUCUCAAGCAUCUGGACUUUUCAGGUGACCAUUUAGCUGUGGACAGUGAUGGAAGAGAUGGAGAUGAGACAGCACGGCAGCUUCUGGAGGGGAGUCCCCAGGUCCUCCCUUUAUUAGUUUCUUUAGAUAUCUCUGGGCGGAAGAGAAUCAGUGAAGCUGCACUCAGAACCUUUGUGGAGUCCAGAAGUGGACUGGUCUUCUUGGGCCUGCUAGCCACUGGUGUUAGCUCCUGUGACUUCCUUUCUACACAGAAAAACCUAAAAGUAACAGGAGAGGCUGAUGAGAACCAGGUGUGUGAGGCACUCAGAAGGUACAGAGACCGUGAGUGUUUCAUACGAGUGGCCCUCACCCAUCUCUACAGUCUAACCAUCGAUACUGACAAACCACAGCCAGAUGUGCUGAAGCUGGUGGUGAGUGGGAUGCAGAGCCACCCCACCUCCCUGCAUGUCCACCUGGUGGCCACAGCGUGUGUGUUCAACCUGACCACUCAGGACCUGGCAGAGGCCAUGCCCAUCAGCUUGCUCAGCUCCACUGUCACCCAACUUUUGCACACCAUGAAGAAAUUCCCCAACCACCAGCAGGUGCAAAAGAACUGUCUGCUGGCCCUCUGCAGCGACUACAUCCUUCAGGAGGUUCCUUUUGACAAGUAUUUAGCAGCAAUGCUGGUGAUUGACUGGCUGAGCAGCCACGAGGAUCCGACCCUACAGAGGAUGGCUGUGGCUGUCAUCUCCAUUCUGGUGGCCAAGUUGUCCACAGAGGAGAUGGCACAGUUCAGCAAGGAUAUCUUUAUAAUGAAGCAGCUGCUGGCUAUUGUGCAGCAGAAAGCCAUGGUUGGAGUGGUCGACUCCACUCUGAAGUUUGCCCUGAGUGCUCUGUGGAACCUGACGGAUGAGAUGCCAGUAGCAGCACGCAAUUUCAUAGAGUGCCAGGGAUUGGAGCUGUACGAGGAGGUUCUGGAGUCCUACUGCACUGAACCUUCUAUUCAGCACAAAGUUCUUGGCCUCCUGAACAACAUUGCUGAGGUGGAGGAGCUGCAGGCUGAUCUGAUGGAGGAGGACCUUUUGGAGCACAUCCUCAGUCUCCUGCAGGACCCCCAGGUGGAUGUCGAGGUUCGUUACUUCGCAGGGGGGAUACUGGCGCACCUUGCCUCCAGACCAGAGGCCUGGACCCUGGAGGAUGAGCUCCGCAGCACUGUACUGAAGCAGCUGCAUGACUCCAUAAUGACGUGGACCCAUCUCGAGAGAGAAAUGGUGUCUUACAGGUCGUUCCGUCCAUUUUGCCCUCUGCUUCAGCCUUGUCAGCCCACGGGUGUGCAGCUGUGGGCAGUCUGGGCCAUACAUCUGGUCUGCACUCAAAACACUUCACACUACAGCAGCAUGCUGGAGAAGGAAGGCCUGACUGAACUUCUGAAAGCUUUGGCUGCACAUCCCAGCACACACAGUGACAUUAAAGGACUAGCAGGCAGCAUCUUGAGUAUGGUAGAGCGACAUCAGAUUCAUGCGGGAGCAUUCAACAAUCAGACAGCACCUCAAAGCUCUUGACAGAAGUUUAAAAAAAAAAAGGAUUUUAUUUGAUUUUCUAUCUUUGAGCUGUGUCUGAAAUAUGCUAGAUAUAUGGUUGCACAUAAAGCAGAUGCAGUAUUAAGGUGCAGAGACUUGAUGCUAACCCUCUAUAUUAAUGUUUAAUCAAAUAAACUACAUAGUGCAUAUAUAUAUAUAUAUAAUAUAUAUAAUAUGGAGAGUAUAACUGCUUAAUGUGAAAAGUUAUUUGUGUUAUCUGUGUUUUAAAUUGUUGACAUAUAUUGAGUUGUUGUUUACAGAAAGUAGUAAAUGCUCUACUUAAUAUCUGCACUGUUUUCAGUCAAAAUUGAUACCGGAUUUAACAGCAUAUAAUAAUCUUGAUAAAAUAAACUGUAACUAAAGACUGAAGAUUGACUAAAAGUUUUGAUUCCCAAACCUGUCACUGGGGGGUGCUUUAGUACUGUAGUUUAGGGGCUGUUUUGGCCUUAAGAUGGAUUUGUGUAAAAUAUUUAGGCAUUAGAUGUAUGGAUUCCAGGUCAUAUGUAAUGAGUGUCUAGAUACCAGGAGUCUAAAUCUGCUGUUUUUCUGUCCUCUCCCUGUGUUUCUUCUCACUCUCACUUGCUCCCUCUCCAUGUCUCUUUCUCUUCCUCCCUGCUAUCCUCGAUGCUGAAUUCAUUAUGUUUUAUGUAAUACAGCUGGAAGACAGAACUGCUUGUAGGCAUCUAGAGUGUCUAUUAUAAAUUGUGCUAUUAAUAAUUUCUUUUGAAAAGUGAAUUUAAAAAGCUCGUGAAUAUUUGACUUGUACCAGACUGCUCAACUUUAAAGUGUCAGCUUGCCUUGAUUCACUGAUUCA